AUGGCCGUGCGCGUUCACCGCCUCCUCACAUGGCCAUGCAUGUUCACAGCCCGCUCACACAGCUGUGCAUGUUCACCGCCCCCUCACACAGCUGUGCAUGUUCACCGCCCGCUCACACAGUGUGCACGGCCACGCACUUUCACCGCCCGCUCACACGGCCACGCACGUUCACUGCCAAUUCACACAGCCGUGCACGUUCACAGCCCGCUCACACAGUGUGCACAUUCACAGCCCGCUCACACGGCCGUGCACGUUCACAGCCCGCUCACACAGUGUGCACAUUCACAGCCCGCUCACACGGCCGUCAACGUUCACAGCCCGCUCACACAGUGUGCACAUUCACAGCCCGCUCACACGGCCGUGCACAUUCACAGCUCGCUCACACAGUGUGCACAUUCACAGCCCGCUCACACGGCCGUGCACAUUCACAGCUCGCUCACACAGUGUGCACAUUCACAGCCCGCUCACACGGCCGUGCACAUUCACAGCCCGCUCACACGGCCGUGCACAUUCACCGCCCGCUCACACAGUGUGCACAUUCACCGCCCGCUCACACGGCCACGCACGUUCACCGCCCGCUCACACGGCUGCACACGUUCACCGCCCACUCACACGGCCCCGCACGUUCACAGCCCAUUCACACGGCCGUGCGUAUUCACCGCCCACUCACACGGCCGUGCACGUUCACAGCCCGCUCACACGGCCGUGCACGUUCACAGCCCAUUCACACGGCCGUGCACGUUCACAGCCCACUCACACGGCCGUGCACGUUCACAGCCCGCUCACACGGCCGUGCACGUUCACAGCCCGCUCACACGGCCGUGCACGUUCACAGCCCGCUCACACGGCCGUGCACGUUCACAGCCCGCUCACACGGCCGUGCACGUUCACAGCCCGCUCACACAGUGUGCACAUUCACAGCCCGCUCACACGGCCAUGCACGUUCACCGCCCGCACACACCGCUGUGCACGUUCACAGCUCGCUCACACGGCCGUGCACAUUCACCGCCCGCUUACACGGCCAUGCACGCUCACAGCUCGCUCACACAGUGUGCACAUUCACCGCCCGUUCACACGGCCGUGCACGUUCAUAGCCCACUCUCACGGCCGUGCACGUUCACAGCCUGCUUACACAGUGUGCACAUUCACCGCCCGCUCACACGGCCGUGCACGUUCACCGCCCGCUCACACAGCCGUGCGGGUUCAUUUCUCCAUUUGCUGCACCUCGCAAGUGGUCCCUGA